GCGCACCGUCCUUAUAGGCCCGUGGCGAACUCGCGCUGGGGCGGGGCAGCCGAGAUCUCGCGGCACUUGGCGUGUUAUAAAUCCUCCCACGGCGAGGCUUCGGCCUUCUUCUCCGGGAGAACACCAAAUGGCGGAUGACGCCGGUGCUGCGGGAGGCCCCGGAGGGCCUGGGGGCCCUGGAAUGGGAGGCCGCGGCGGCUUCCGCGGAGGCUUCGGCAGCGGCAUCCGGGGCCGGGGCCGCGGCCGUGGUCGGGGCCGGGGCCGAGGCCGCGGAGCUCGCGGAGGCAAGGCCGAGGACAAGGAGUGGAUCCCCGUCACCAAGCUGGGCCGCCUGGUCAAGGACAUGAAGAUCAAGUCCCUGGAGGAGAUUUAUCUCUUCUCCCUACCCAUCAAGGAAUCUGAGAUCAUUGAUUUCUUCCUGGGAGCAUCCCUCAAGGAUGAGGUUUUGAAGAUCAUGCCUGUGCAAAAGCAGACCCGUGCUGGCCAGCGGACCAGGUUCAAGGCAUUUGUUGCCAUCGGAGAUUACAAUGGACAUGUUGGCCUGGGUGUCAAGUGCUCCAAGGAGGUAGCCACUGCCAUCCGUGGGGCCAUCAUCUUGGCCAAGCUUUCCAUCGUCCCCGUUCGGCGAGGCUACUGGGGGAACAAGAUCGGCAAGCCCCACACUGUCCCGUGCAAGGUGACUGGCCGUUGUGGUUCUGUGCUUGUGCGGCUCAUCCCUGCCCCCAGAGGCACUGGCAUCGUCUCAGCCCCUGUGCCCAAGAAGCUACUGAUGAUGGCCGGUAUCGACGACUGCUACACCUCGGCCAGGGGCUGCACUGCCACCCUGGGGAACUUUGCCAAGGCUACUUUUGAUGCCAUCUCCAAGACCUACAGCUAUCUCACCCCUGACCUCUGGAAGGAGACCGUGUUCACCAAGUCUCCCUAUCAGGAAUUCACUGACCAUCUUGUGAAGACCCACACCAGAGUCUCUGUGCAGAGGACCCAGGCUCCAGCUGUGGCCACCACAUAGUUUUAUACAAGAAAAAUAAAGUGGACUAAAGCUUGUUAA